CCGCUCGCUAGUUAGCUCUCCAUUUUCUCGCAACGACCAAUGUUUACAUGUUGUCAACUCGGGUCAGCACUCAUAACAGAUCCGAAAAUGACGUGUUGAUCUCGUGUUUUUCGUGCACGACACAUUACACCAUAUUUCCUCGUCGGGACGUUUUUGUAAUCUUGAGAAUACAUCUCUUUGUUCAAACUGUAGAACCUGUACAACUAACGUUACUUGCUUGCCAACAUCCGUGUGCGCGUGCAAAACUAGCCAGCAGCUUUUCUAUUUUUGACCAGGGUAAUGCCACAAAAGCAAUUGCUAAGAUUAGUUAGCACACUAGCUUGUCGCAGCCAGUUUACUGCGCACUAUCAAGUUGUUAUGUGGCAUUAACACAAAUGCACAAACACUUCUAAGUUGUUAUCUAAGGGUCGUCUGCAGUUGGACUCAAUUGUUAUUGUACAAGGCUCUCUUCUGUCAGAAGGGACAGUUGGACAGAAUGUGUGAUACAGAUGGUAAAUCCAGUGUCCCAAAUGGUGGUUCUGAUGAUCCAGAACCUGGAGAAGGAAGAGAGGAGGCAGAUACAUCUGCAGCGCCAGAGGCCCAGACCAGUCCUGAUUCAGCAAAUUUGAGUUCAGCCCCAGAGGGAAGUGAGGAUGGUCAGGACAGGCCGAUGGCAAACUCUGAGCAGAAACAGGGGCCAGGAGAAGAGGAGGACACCAACAGCAUGGAUGGCAGUGGUCUGUACUCUCUCACUGAAGAAGGAGAAAGAGAGAGUGAGGGAGGAGGGCAGCGAGAGAGGGGAAAAGAUGAAAGUAAGAGAUCCACCAGGAAGAGGAAUCGACCCAGUGGUGGAGCCACACGCCACUCUUCCAGUUCAGAUGAUGACGAUGAAGACGAAGAUGAGGAAGAGGAUGCUGAGGAAGAAGAUGAGCAAGCCAUGGAAGCGUGGCUGGGAGCAGACCUGCGUGACCUGAGUCGCCCUUCCUGGUGCGCGAUCCCGUCACUGCGUGCCCGAGAGAUUGGCCGUGAUUCGCAUCAGUUUGUGAGGAGGGUGUGUGGGGCGCGAGGUCUAGUGCAGAGGCUGGAACUGCAGGGCCGUCUGGAGAAACACACAGGCUGCGUGAACACCCUCCACUUUAACCCCUCUGGCACCCGCCUGGCUUCCGGUAGCGAUGACCUCCGCGUGGUGAUCUGGGACUGGGCUCGCAGAAGGGCAGAGCUGGAGUUUGACAGUGGACAUAAGAGCAAUGUCUUUCAGGCAAAGUUCCUCCCACACAGCGGUGACUCCACUUUGGCCAUGUGUGCCCGAGAUGGACAGAUCAGAGUGGCCGAGCUUUCUGCCACACAACGUUGCAAGAACACCAAAAGAGUGGCUCAGCACAAAGGUGCAGCUCAUAAGCUUGCACUGGAGCCAGACUCUCCCUGCUCUUUCCUCUCCGCUGGUGAAGAUGCAGUAGUGUUCCGCAUUGACCUGCGUUUAGACAGACCUGCCAACAAACUGGUGGUGGUGAAGGAGGGUGAAAAGAAGGUGGGGCUGUACACCAUUUUCGUGAAUCCAGCCAACACACACCACUUUGCUGUGGGUGGAAGAGACCAGUAUGUCAGGAUCUAUGACCAGAGAAAGAUAAAUGAACAUGAUAAUAAUGGUGUGCUGAAGAAGUUUUGUCCCUCUCACUUGGUGUCCAGCGAGUCCAAAACAAAUAUUACCUGUUUAGUGUACAGCCAUGACGGCACAGAUCUGCUGGCAAGUUACAACGAUGAGGACAUUUACCUUUUUGACUCCAGCCACAGUGAUGGAGCGGAUUACCGCAGGAGAUACAAGGGUCACCGCAACAAUGCUACAGUGAAGGGAGUUAACUUUUAUGGUCCCUGUAGUGAGUUUGUUGUCAGUGGCAGUGACUGUGGACACGUCUACCUGUGGGAUAAGAACUCUGCUCGUGUGGUUCAGUUUAUGGAGGGAGACCGGGGAGGAGUGGUGAAUUGUCUGGAGCCACAUCCUCAUCUUCCAGGUUUAGCCACCAGUGGUUUGGAUCAUGAUGUGAAGCUGUGGGCGCCCACUGCUGAGAAUCCUACAACACUAAAGGGACUUAAAGAGGUAAUGAAGAAGAACAAGCGAGAACGUGAUGAAGACAGUGUUCGUCAUGGCGACCAGUAUGAUACACAGCUCCUCUGGUUCCUAAUGAGACACAUGAGAAACCGAAGACCUCAGCGGGCCCGGCGAGGGGAGGGGGGAGAGGGUGACACAGACGAAUCCUGGAGCUCGCCAGAUUCCUCUGAUGAAGAAGAGGGAGGGCCAGACCAUGUACAGUGCAUGUCCUCCUGAGCCACACACCUAUACACACACACACACACACACACACACACACAUGCUCUUUGCCAUAUAUUUAAGCACAUACAUACUAGUAACACACUGGUACACAAAUAAACACUGAAUGGCCAGCAACAAACACACACACAGCUUUAAAUAUACAUACACACAGUGUGAGGAAGAGGGAAACGACUGUCAAAAUCUGGCUUUGUGCUCCAUACACACAAAUGACAUCACUAGGGGAAGAACUAAUACUGAAAUUCAUAUUUUUAUAUAUAUAUUUGCAACCACACACGCAAUUAACCACUGAUUUUAUGCGAACAUGGACACAGAUGCAUUUCAUUCCCAGUUUUACAGCGUAUCACAAGGAAGACCACAGCCGGUGAUCAAGAAAUAUCACCACUACUGUUUUGCUGCCUUAGUUUAUCAACAACCAUGAAUUUUAGAAGCAGCGUUUUGCUGCAGCAGUCAUGAGGCGCAGAAGAAGAAAUUUCUCAUCAGUGCUGUAGUAAACGGUUCCAAUUGAAGCUUUUCUUUUACAGCGAUGUAUUUUGAGCAUGAUGGGACAGUACGGACUCUCAAAGCCAGUCCUUCUGUAGAUUACUGAGAUGAUGAGUGUUACUUGUUCUAAAAACCAGCAGCAUCCUUUACUGGCCUCAUCAAUUUUCUCCAGUGAUCUGAACUGCCUCUGUCUCCAAGUAAGACUGAGCUGACGUUUGUUAUUUUCAGACUGCAAACUUUGUUCGUCGCAAUGAUAGACUAUCAUGGUCUGUCUGGCCGUCCAAUCCUGUCUUGUCUUUGUUCUCUUCUCCUGUGUGUGUGUGUGUGUGUGUGUGCGUGUGCGUGUGUUUGCUGAAGCCAGGCAGAGCAAAUUUUCUUGAGGUCAAUCAUGCUCUCUUAGAUCUGCCUGAAGACACAGAAGAUGAGCCAGAGCAGCUUAAUCUGGUUCCAGAGCUGGCUGUUUUGCUCCGUUUCUCUCUCCCUUGCUACUGAGUGCACUUUAAUCAGGGAUCUGCUUUGAGUUUUGAAUCUCUAAGACGUGUGCGCGCUUAGGGGGCAUGCAAUACUUGGAUUAAUUUUGGUUAUUUAGCUAAUUUAGCUUUUCACCUUGCAAUUCCCCUAAUUUAAUGUGGACUAUUAAAUUGAAUACAGAGAUUUGACACCAGCUCUUUGGUUUUUGGAUUUGCACUUGGGUGGAGAUUCUUGAUGGAGUUCUUGAAGAAAUUCCAAAAGGCUAGAAAUGUAAAUCUUCACAGACUACCGUCGUCUUCUCAGCCCUGUCCUGUAAAAAUUGA